UUACAAAAACGGGAAAUGGGAGUUUUGUUGGGCCGAAAGUUAAACAGUAUUUUCGGAAGUGAAAUUGACUGCGCCGUAAAAAAAAAAAAAUCGUAUUCAGGAGACGGCUAUAAGUUGAAGUGUGCAAAUGCUUGCGCCCUAACUCGUGUGCGAAAGAGAAAGCGCAGUGGAAAAUUUGAAGAAGCGAUGGGUGAUGCUUCAGAUUCCCAAGAACAACCCGUUCUUGAAUCCGCAGAACUCGAAAUGAAGAAGAAGCGAUUGCUGGAAGAGCUCGAAUCUGCGUUGGCGCCCAAAGACGCUGCUGUCAAAACGGUAACGGCGCUUCCUGCUUCCUUAGCCUUAGGGAUCGAAGUCAUCGACGAAACGGCGCUGCUGGACUCCGUCGUCAAGAACGGAGGACCAAAGCAGCCCUCUUCGAGAAGAAGAGGAGGAGGACCCAAGAACAACAACAGCAACAUCGGUCAUGGUCCGAGGAAAAUCGAAGAGAGGCCGCCCAAAUCGAAGUUCGCGCCCAAGAGUGGGAAUAAUAAGUAUUCGCGAAAGGAGCUGGAGGCUCUCAGAUUCGUCAACCUAACACAACAGCGUAAAUUCUGGAAAGCGAUACACGCUGCGUUUCAAAGCGCUGUUGCCAGCGAGUACGAUACUUUAGCUUCCACUCCUCUUCCGCACAACAAACCAAUCCUCAGUGCAGUUUAUUGUCAAAGUAGGGACAGUGAAUUACAACACAUGGGAAGUAGUGAAAAUAUUACGUCACACUCUUCUUCAAUUGAGGAUGAGGCCUCGAUUGUAGAAGAAUGUGAUGAAGAUGAUGAUAGUGAUGAUAAUUAUGCUAGCAUCCAAAGGCCUGCCUUUUUGGUUGAUGGAGAACCUAAUUUUGAUUCUGGUCCACCAGAAGAUGGAUGGGAAUAUCUUAGGCAUGUCAGGUGGGAGGCAAAUCAUAUGCCAAAAGUGAAGGUAGCAAAACUUGAUAGAGGCAAACUGAACAAGGAACAGAGUGCUUACAUGCCCAAGAUUCCAGGUAUUGCCAAGUGUCCAGAUCAUCUGUUGCCAUUGAAACAGUGGGAGGAUGUGUUUCUUGCUGAAUUUUCAACACUGAGAACGAAUCUCUCAUGUCUUGAUGGUUCAAGUGCCACAUACUCUGGAAACCUUCGUAUUCAUCACUCGCAGUUAGUUGGGAAUGAUUGUGGAGAAAUUUCUGGUGUUAUGAACAAGGACGUCUUACUUGGUAAGACAAAUGAUGUACCCGCUAACUUGAGCGCUGAGGAUAAGGACAGAACACUAUCUCCAGAGAAUACUGAAUCGAAAACUUCAGUUGAUCAAACAAGCAGUAGCUCCCCCAGUUCUCCUUUGCUUUCUGUAAUCUUAGCAAUGGACUCUGUAACCCGGGUAAAAGCUCUGCUGAAACGGAUUCGCUUACUGGAGGCUGCAGACACUGUUAAAAGAGAUGAUUGCAUGUGGCUCUUUGCUCUCUGUGCAACAGUUGAUACUCCACUGUACGCAGACACCUGUGCUGCUCUCAGGAGUCUGCUGCGAAGGUGUGCUAGCAUCCGUGCCGGAAAGGUUGCCCUGGAUGACGAGGUUGUAAUGUUGAAUAUAUUGGCUACAAUUUCGGGGAGAUAUUUUGGACAAUCUGAAAACUGAAUUACCAGUCUAUAACUUUGUUAUGACACGUUCUGUUUUUGGAAUUGGGAUAUAUAGCCGAUGAGACUCAUGCUAUGGCUAUAACUUACAGUGUUUUAUAGUAAGCUAUUUUUUUAACAA